UGUCACAGUAACUGCGCAAGCCAGCCAAGUUCCUGAAAAUGGGGGAAUUGAAAAAUAAUAUAUAGACGUUUCACCAACCGUGUCACCUGUGCCGUCAAAUCGCCCUACUUUCUGGAGGGCGUCGCGAAAACAUCUUGCGGAGGUCCACUGUUAUCAAGGGGUUUAGCCAGGGCAAUAUAUCAUGAAAUUGCGCACUAAAACAGCUCAAUUCUCAGCGCAGUUUCACAAAACGGAGUAGGCUACUUCUGCCUGGGUCGUUUCGGCGGAGGCAGGACCGUAGGUGUGUCUGAGAGGAACAUGCAGAGUAUAUUAAAAUGCAUUCAGCAGCAGGAUGGCGUGAGAGAGCCGCGCUGGGGUAAGGCAGUAGAGCGAUACGCGUAGAGGCGCGAGAGAAGGGAAGAGACUCCUCUCGUGACAUUUUUAUUGGAAAUGGGUUUUGCUCUCGAAAAGCACACCGGGAUGUUUGCACUUUUGUCCUGUAUCACUUACUGCCUGACCGGAGCAUAUGGAAAUGAUAAUUGUGACGGCCAUCUUGUCUCGAGUCUGCCUCAGUCUUCGUUCAACAGCUCGUCACAGUUGUCCAACAUACAUGGCCCUGGAUUCGCCAAGCUCAACAGAAGAGAUGGCGCGGGCGGAUGGUCCCCACUGGAGUCUAACAGAUAUCAGUGGCUUCAAAUUGAUUUUGGCCAAAGGACUGAGAUAAGAGCUGUCGCCACCCAGGGGCGAUAUGGCAGCUCAGACUGGGUGACCAGUUACCUCCUGAUGUUCAGCGAUUCCGGCAGGAACUGGAAACAGUAUCGCCAAGAGGGAAGCACUUGGGGUUUCGUGGGAAACUCAAACGCAGACAGCGUUGUCCAGUACCGGCUACAGCAGCCGGUGAUCGCCCGGUUCCUGCGAUUCGUCCCCCUUCAGUGGAACGCAAACGGGAGGAUUGGCCUGCGGGUCGAAAUCUACGGGUGCUCGUACGAGUCUGAUGUGGCAAGUUUUGAUGGCAGAAGCUCCUUGCUCUACAGGUUCGAUCAAAAGGCAAGUCAAACAAGCAAAGAUGUUAUUUCCAUGAAGUUCAAAACGCUACAGAGCUCUGGCACCCUCGUACACGGUCACGGACAGCAUGGAGAUGUCUUAACCCUGGAGUUACUGGAAGGGAAGCUUCUGCUAAGAAUAGGGAAAACUUUGUCAAAUGAUGCUUCUGUGGUAACCAUGGGCAGCCUGCUGGAUGACCAGCACUGGCACUACGUGGCAGUCCAGUACAUCGACCGAAACGUCAAUUUUACCGUGGACAGGAUCACGCGUCAGUUCGAAAUCAAGGGCGGCUCCACUCACUCGGAUAUAAAUAAUGAGCUCAGCUUUGGAGGUGCCCCAGACUACGGGAAGCUGGAAACGUUUUCCAGGAGAAAUUUCCAAGGGUGUCUGGAGAACCUGGUCUACAACGAUGUAAAUGUCAUAGACUUCGCCAAGCAGAACAAUCAGGUGUCUGUCACGGGUAAUGUGACCUUUGCUUGUUCCGAGCGGCCCGAUGCCCCGGUGACAUUCAUGGGCACCGAGAGCUACCUCCAGUUAUCAGCGACGGCGGCGGCGGGGGCAGAGGAGGAGGAGGAGGAGGAGGAGAAAGACGGCCUGUCCGUCAGCCUGCAGUUCAGAACCUGGAACAGAGAAGGACUGCUAAUGACCACGGAACUGCGGCAGGAUUCCGGAACGUUCUGGCUUCACAUCGGCGAGGGUAAAGUCAGGUUACGGAUGGGCAAGUCGGGGAGAGUCCUGGCGGAACUCACAGCUGCAUCCAGUUUAAACGAUGGUCAGUGGCAUUCUGUGGAUUUGGCCGUGGCGAGAGGGCUGGUUCGUGUAACCGUUGACAGAGAGAAAGCCCUGGUUGCCCACGCCAAUUCCCCCUUCCGCGUUUCCCCUGGAAACAGCUACUUUUUUGGCGGUUGCCCCGAGCAAACAUAUAAGACGGAAUGCAGAAACCCCUACGCCAUUUUUCAAGGGUGCAUGAGACUCAUCAGCAUUGACGGCCAUCUUGUAGAUUUGACCAAAGUGCCCCAAACUGUCAUCGGAAACUUCAGUGACUUGCAGAUGGACACAUGUGGCAUCAUUGAUAGAUGCUCGCCUAAUUACUGCGAGCAUCAAGGAACGUGCUCGCAGUCCUGGAACAUGUUCUACUGCAACUGCUCGGACAGCGGCUACACUGGGGCAACGUGUCACAGCUCCGUUUACGAACAGUCGUGCGAGGCGUACAAGCACAGAGGAAACACGUCCGGGUUUUAUCACGUCGACGUGGAUGGAAGCGGACCGCUCGGCCCACAGCUGGUCUUCUGCAACAUGACAGAUAAAGCAUGGACAGUCGUGCAGCACAAUAACACCGAACUUAUCAAAUUAAAAUCCUACAAAGGGACAAAUCACCAUUCUGCCUACUUCAGUUACGCUGUCAACACUGAACAGCUUGCAGCCAUAAUCAAUCAAGCAGAACACUGCAGGCAGGAGUUCACCUAUUACUGCAAACAGCCGGGGCUCUUAAACUCACCUGAUGGAGCCCAGUUCAGCUGGAGGGUGGGAGCGGGGGACGGAGCGCAGAGGUCCCGGACUGGAGGGGCAGCCGGCCCCCGCUGGUGCUCCUGCGGCCAGCCGGAGGACUGCGUUCGACCGGACCGGCACUGUACCUGUGACACCGACGAAAAGCAAUGGACGAACGAUUCAGGCCUUCUGUCGUUUAGAGACCAUUUGCCCAUCACCAAAAUCGCUUUUGGCGGUUUGAACCGGGCGGGGUCGGAGGCGGCCUUCAAAGUAGGGCAUCUACAGUGCCAUGGCGACAAGAACUUUUGGAAUUCAGCUUUUUUCAACAAAGAGACAUCCUAUCUGCAUUUUCCUACGUUCCACGGCGAGCUGAGCGCUGAUAUAUCAUUUUUGUUCAAAACCACCGCCUCGUCCGGUGUUUUUUUGGAAAAUCUUGGAAUUAAGGAUUUUAUUCGGAUUGAGCUGAGCUCGCCGAGCGAUGUCCUGUUCUCGUACGACGUGGGAAACGGCCCUUUCGAGAUGAGAGUGGUGACCCCGUCCCCGCUGAACGACGACCAGUGGCACCGCGUGAAAGCUGAGAGGAACCUGAAAGAGGCAUCGCUGCAGGUGGACCGGUUACCCGCCAGGACGCAGAAGGCGCCCAUAGACGGGCACAUUCACCUGCAGCUCAACAGCCAAUUAUUUGUAGGAGGCACCGCUUCCAGACAGAAGGGCUUCCUGGGGUGCAUUCGGUCUCUGCAGCUGAACGGGGUGACCCUGGAUCUGGAGGAGCGGGCCAAGAUCACGCCCGGCGUGCGGCCCGGCUGCCCCGGGCACUGCAGCACGUACGGCGGGCUGUGUCGGAACGGGGGCGCGUGCGUGGAGAAGGACGCCGGGUUCUCGUGCGACUGUGGCGCGUCCGCGUUCGCGGGCCCGUUCUGCACGACAGAGGUCUCCGGUUAUUUUGAAUCCGGGACGUCCGUGACGUAUUACUUAAAGGAGCUGUACGGAAACGGGAGCGCGCAGUCGUCCUCGACGACGAGCCUUCGAGGGGAGAGCGUCAGUUUCAGCUUCCGCACGACUCAGUCGCCGGCGCCGCUGCUGUACGUCAGCUCCUCCCACCGAGAGUACAUCGCCGCGCUCCUCAACCGAUACGGUCACUUGAAUGUCAUAUACAAGCUGCAAGAGGACCGAGACGCAGAGGUGUUUCAGACGAGCCAGAGAAACAUGGCAGACGGGCUGCUCCACGCGGUGCAUUUUGGGCGGGAGUCGGAAACGCUCACUGUUCAGAUUGACCAGUUCCCAGCUGAAGAAUUCACAGUAAUGUCUGACGUAGAACUCAAUUCCAUCAAGUCUAUUGUUCUUGGAAAGAUUUUGGACGCCGGUGAGCUGGACCCGGUGCUGUCCCGGCUCGGUCCUCUGGGGUUCAGCGGGUGCAUUUCGGCGGUCCAGUUCAACGGCGUCGCCCCCCUGAAGGCCGCCCUCCGGCGCCCCCCCUCCAGCCGCGUCGUCGUCACGGGGACGCUGAAGGAGUCCCGCUGCCUCUCCUCCAGGCCCUUCGACGGCAACACCAUCAGGUCUCUCUCAGAUCACUCUGGUACAAAAGAUAUCGGUGAACCAAUAGUUGAUGCAAUAAGGAGUGAAUCUGCUCUUAUAGGAGGUGUCAUCGCGGUUACGAUAUUCGUCUUCAUCUGCGCGCUGGCGAUAACGGUGCGGUUUUUGUAUCGGCUGAAGGAGUCCCUUCAGAGUAGGAGCAGGAAGGGGGUGAAGGCCGACGACAGCCCUCGUUCCGCUUUCAACAACGACCCCAACCUGCCGAACAUCCUGGGCGAAUCCCAGAAGGAGUAUUUCAUAUGAUUGGCUCCGCCCCCUUUCCUCGUGGAUCUGUUGAACAGUCAAGACAAACUGUAAACUGUUGAAGUGACAUUCUAUCACAUAUACUUUUUUUUUCAGCUUUGUUUUUGUAUUUUUUUCACAUCAUAAGAACAGCUUGCAGCUUUUGUCUCAUAUACUCCUAUUUCAGUUGCACAUUUGCAAACAAAUGUGAAAUAAAUAAGAAUACCAA